AUGAUCGAGCGGAAAGAAAAAAAUAGUAAUAAUAAUUAUCAUUUGGCUUUACUUAUAAUGAAAAUUGGAACAACUAAACAAACUGAACAAGCAACCAUAAAUGAUACUGAUCGAGAAACAGUGACGAUCACACUCGAUUAUGUUAUUCAACAGUGUGGUGAUUUGAACCGUUUCCAGCUUCUUCAUUACUUUUUCCUAAAUCUUCUUACCGCAUCGGCCGGGAUCGUUGCAUAUUAUUACGUUUACGGUGCUGCCGAGCCUGAUCAUCGCUGUCGACUUCCAUACAACAUUUGGCCAAAUGAUCAAUACAAAACUAUUAAUUAUACUCAUGAGCAGCUUAUCGGUUCAUGGGUGUCAAAUGAUGAUAAAUGUUUGAUUUAUGCUAAUUUAAAUCUUACAGACAAAAUCGAUUGUGGUACAUCAAAUGGAUGGGUUUACGAUCGAUCGACGUACGGGUUUACCUUUACUGAAGAAGCUGACAUGGUUUGUAAAUCACGAACAAAGCGUAGUACACUUGCUACAAUGAUGCAAAGCGGCGGUCUCUUCUUGUUGAUUAUCGGAUCAUUGGGUGAUAAAUACGGACGAAAAAUAACUGCUAGUAUGAUAACCGUAAUCAUAUUUGUUAUUUGUUUAAUAACACAAAUUGCCAUGCAGUGGAUACCAAUGUCGAUCAAUAUAAAGUAG